AUGCGCACUGUUUUCUUAAUUUUCACCGUUAUACUGUAUAGUAACAGAGCUCAAAGUUGGACGUUUUGUGACAGUGUUAGUGAGUGCGUUUGCAGAUAUCAUGACAAAGUUGAAGAGGAUUUUAUUCGUGAAUAUAUUGACUGUUCGUAUAAGAAAAAUGUUUUCGAUGGUAAUUACACUAUGCCUUUAAAAGCGUAUUCCUUAGACUUGUCGUCGAAUGGUUUAAAGGUAAUACGUUCGACGCAUUUUCUGAAAUCGAGUACGUUGCAACAAUUAGUGCUGAAAAAUAAUGAAAUAACAGAAAUCGAAUCUAACGCGUUUAAGUUCCCGGAAUUGAAAUAUUUGGAUUUGAGUUAUAACCGAUUGGAAGGAGUUAACGGUGACAUUUUUAAAACGAUUAGAAAGUUGGAGUAUUUGAAUUUAGCUAAUAACCAUUUUGUAUCGUUCUCAAAACUCACAUUUCAUCCUUUAAGAGAAUUAAAACAAAUAAUUUUGGACAACAACAACAUUGGACCUAGCUUGAAGGAUACGAAUCUUUUCGAUAGAAAUGGUUAUGGAUUAACGAACAAAAUUCAAAAAAUUUCAAUUAGCGGGAUUAACCUAAACACAGUUCACGACAACUUCUUUAUCGACGCUUAUGAUUUGAGACAGUUAGUUAUUUCCAACAAUAAUUUAACUGAUUUAUUCGAAAUACCAUUUACACUGGAAUAUUUGGACUUAUCCGACAACCCUAUCAAACAAAUAUCCGGUGAAGAUUUCAACGAUUUGACAGCUUUAAAAGUGCUGAAACUAAACAAUCUCUCUAUAAGGAAUAUACCCGAAUACGCAUUUGCGUCUUUACACGGUCUUACUAAAUUAGAGUUAGAAAGAAACAAAAAAUUAACUGAAUUUAGCGUAUUAGCUUUCGGUCAGGAAGUACUGGAUGAUCCUGUAGAUUUCUUACUGGAAGAGUUAUCUUUAAAGUCGUCAAGAUUGCAAACAUUGGAUAAACAACUAAUGGUUCCUUUCGGGCAGCUCAUCCGUUUAGAUUUGCAGGGUAACUUUUGGAAUUGCGAUUGUCAACUUAUUUGGAUUAAAAACUUGCAAAUUAAGCCAAAGGAUUACGAACAUUUAAGGUGCUAUACGCCGAAGCCGCUGUAUAACAGUAAAAUAUUCGAACUUAAGGCCAAGUACUUUAAAUGUUCUACAAAAAGCCAUUACGUGGGGCUAGCCAUUGGUCUCAUAGCUUUUUGCAUGUUCUUCUCAGCUACGGCCCUAUGGCUUUUUUGGUUUUUACCAAAAUGCCAGUCAAGAGGAAAAUUUAUAAGUAUGCAUAAUCCGACAACGGCUUAUACAGUGUUGCCAGUUCACGCAACUACGUGA